GGCGGCAGGGGCAGCACCGCACAGCGAGCGCCGGGAGAAGAGGGGGAAAGAAAAGCCUCAACCAACCCAACCCCCCCAGCUCCCGCAGCCCCCGCUCCAGCCAGAGCCGCGACCAUGCCCAGCCCUGCCACCGGCACCGUGCUGCUGGCGCUCGCCCUCUGCGUCCUCCUGGGAGACGGUAUGGGACAUCAUCCCGUGGAGACCCACCCGGCUGCCCACCCCAGGACCAAACGAUGCUCCUGCAACAGCUGGCUAGAUAAGGAAUGCAUUUACUUCUGUCACCUGGACAUCAUCUGGGUCAACACACCAGGGCACACCGCUCCCUACGGGCUGGGAAGUCCGCCAAGGCGGCGCAAGAGAGCGCUCGGCAGGUGCGAGUGCUUGCACUCCAGGGACAGCAUCUGUGCCACCUUCUGCCAGCCACAGGCUAGGUACCUCCAAACUCUGAAGCUGCCAGCAAGCUCUGGAGCAUCAAUGAAGUCUCUGCAGAGCAGUGGAGUGAGGCCUUCCCAUCCCGGGCUGCUGAGGGCUCUCAGGGACCUCGCUGCCUCCCGUCUGCGGCUCGGCAAGCAUCAGCGCCGCUCUCAGAGGAGCCCACAGCUGGCAGCAUUGCCUUGGGAGAAGAACAUCUGGAAGAAGAAGAGAUAAAGGAGCAGGUGCACACCAAGCUCACCAGAAGAAUUUGGAGCCCUGUGGGUGCCACUAACGCCACUGUUGGUAGUUAGAGCUGAAGGAAAGGCCAUGAGUGGAAGGGGGAAGAAGUGGAAGUCUCCAUGCCCCUGGUGUGAACCAGUGCUGCAUGCACUCCAGAGACUGAUGUAAAGGGAAAGCUCUCUCUAUACAGUCACAGAUGUGUUGUGGAGCUGAGUUGUGCCUUUUUGGAUCAGGCAAGGGUCUUGCUGGAGGAGCACGAGCUGGGCUCUGCACUGGAGCCCGAGGCAGAGGGGCAGCCCAUGCUGGGUGGUUGUUUUGUGUACAAACUGGCUGGUGCCACACAGCUCUGCACCUGGCAGCAUGGAGCCCAUGUCAGUGGCCUGGGCUGCUCUGCCUUUGAGUCAUCUUUGAGCAUGGUUCCAGCCUGACCCCAGUCAGAGGUGGCUUGGCUGGUAGUUGUAGAGGGGGAAAAGCUGCCUGCAGUGUGAGCUCACCUUUGCACUUUGCUGUCUCACUUGUCAGACAGUGCAGGGUGCCCGUGAAUGAGACUCCCCUGGCCAAACAGCUCCCAGCUUCUAUUAAAAGGUAGACAUCACCUAGAAGCCUGAAAGCCAGUUCAGUAGUCAGUGGCAUUGGCUGAGACCCUAACUGGAGGGCCUUAAGUGGCUCUGGCUCAGGUGGAGGACAGCUUUGCUCACCCAGGAGCUUGCAUCAGAGCCAAGCACGACCUGGUCAUCAGGGUAGGGGUGGGAGUCUGCAGUGGAGCUCUGUGCAUGCAGCUCCAUGUAGCCUAGGUCAGCAGCCCCACUGGCUCUGAGGCAGAGCUGAGCUGCUUGUCUGGGUGAGCUCAGUGCUAUGAGCCUGUCUCAUCUCCUCAGACAUAACCUUAGCAGGGUAGAGCACUUUCAGCUCAACCUAAUAUCCCAGCUUGCUUCCAGCUCUGCCUGAAAGGAGAGGCCAGGGGCAGAGGAGGGCAGUGGGAAUACAGCACACAGAGGCUUGCUUGCUGCUUCACUUCAGUCAGGGCUCUGGGGUCAUAGAUGACAGUGGACAGCAUCUCACUGUGAGAAGCGUAACCUGAGCAGAGGAUGGAUUAGGGCCAGGUAGGAUGGCUGUGGAGGAAAGAAUUGGUGAGAGAGAGCACAGCAAUGCCUGCACAGCUUUAGGAGAAGGGCUUGGACUGAAAUCCAGUGCCAGAUUCCUGCCUGCUCCCCCAGGCAGGGAGCAGCAGGGCACUGCUGGCCUGGAGGAGGGAAGGUUAAAACACUGAGCCCAGGAGCUGCUCUUGCAGGCAAACACGAACUCGAGGCUCUGGAGCUGUAUCAGAAAUGCACUUUCGUUUGCCUGGGCUGGUUAACUUCUCUUGCCAGCUGUGGCUGCAGCUGUCAUCGGGUUAGUGCAGGUAGAGAGUUGUUCUGCUGGGUCCCUGCUGGGUCCCUCUUGCUGCCCAGCCCAGUAUUGCACACGAGCGUUUGCAGAGCCUGCUUGAAGUCAGUGAUGGACCAAAAUCUGUGGCUGCUGCAAGUGCAGUCCCGUCGGACAUACAAAAUACUUCCUCGAUGCUUUGCUUUAAGCCUUAGGAGGGUGGAAACUGAGACCCACCGAUUGUAUGGCCAAAGAAAGGGCAGACUGAGCACUCGGUCCCCAAAGCUGCAAGAGGAUCUCUUUAGGGUUGUUUUUAUCCUUUCACAUAGAUAGUUUUGACCUUCUGAAGGUUUUGAGUUGUUCUGAAACCAAAGGGGGAGGGGGGGGGGGGAGAAAAUAAAGAAUGAAAAUCCUGAAAGGGUUUUGUUCCAGAGGAAAGAAACUUUGCACAUGGUUUAAUGUGAGCCUAACGAAUUUAAACCAGAACUCCUGCUGGUAAAGGACAAAUUGUAUCUCCCUGUGUCUGCAGUGUACCUCCUCAAGUGACUUGCUGCACACAUGUAGCAUCCUGAAAUCUGCCUAUUUAUUGAAAUCUGUUGAUUGUUGGUUUGGUUUUUUUAAUUCAGACUAAAUUGCAACAUUUAAUUUGUAAUAAAUCAUGACAAAAGUCAAUAA